UAAGGCUUGUAUAAUUUUUUUUAGCAUCAAAAUGGGCAAGAUUAUGAAAUCAGGAAAAGUGGUACUUGUCUUAAAUGGCAAGUAUGCUGGACGAAAAGCUGUUAUUGUAAAGAAUAAUGAUGAAGGCACCUCAGAUAAACCAUAUGGCCAUGCUUUUGUUGCUGGUAUUGACCGGUAUCCUCGUAAGGUGGUUCGAAGAAUGAGCAAGAAACGACAGAAGAAGUAUAAUAAAAUUAAACCCUUUCUAAAGGUGUUUAACUAUAAUCAUCUGAUGCCCACAAGGUAAAUUUUAUUAAUGAAAU